AUGCAGAGGUGCUGGAACGAUGGGUUUUUCGGUAAGGGAACGUUGUCUCGACUGGAACCUACGUUUAGGGCUCGUGUACUGGGUCAGGAACGGUCUAGUGAAGCUGUGACGAGUGAAAGACGUCGUAAGAGAAGGGAAUUCAAGGAGUUGCGUGCUCAACAUCAACGGUUUGAGACCGAGGAGAGGAAGAGGGAGUUGAACGAGGAAGAGAAGGCUCAGUGGGAGGAGCUUAAGGUGAAGAUGGCUGAGGCUAAUACUGAAUCGAAGGUUGUGGGGGAUAAGCUGUCGCCUGUGGUGCUAGAAGAUGAGCUUGAGGAGCUUGAAAAGUUGGAGUUUCUUCAACUUGAUGUCGUUGAAGCGUUCUUUUUGGUGUAUGCAUUGGAAGUUGCAGAGGUUCGGGUAGAUCCUGAGCUGGAACCGCUUGGAGACCUUGAACUCAUGAAAAGAAUGGCUUUCCUUGGUGCCCCUGAAGCCACAGACGACGAGUUUAUUUCUAUUCUUCGAGCCCUCCUUCAGAAGUACGUCGUUUACCACCACUACCGAAGCCUUGGUUGGUGUGUACGCGAUGGUAUCAAGUUUGGCUGUGAAUAUCUACUUUACAAGCGUGGUCCUCCUUUCCACCACGCAGAGUUUGGCAUUCUUGUUACCGCAGCAGACGAGAGAAGGUCUUGGGAAGAGACCAUGGCCGUUGCUCGAGUUGUUGGAGGCGUCAAGAAGACGCUAGUGUUUGCUUAUGUCGAGCAACCGUCAAUUGAGCAAUUAGGUGAAAUCUGGGAGACAAAAGAACACCCCAGAGUAAAGCUUAUACGUCUUUUGCAGCUGUUUAAAGUCUGCGAGAUGGUAUACCGCCGCUGGAGCCCUAGCCGGACUAGGGAAUGA